GAUAAGUGUGACUUGGAUGUUAGCACAAUUACCGCAGAUACUUCGAAAUGCGAAUCCAACAUUGAUAGUUCAUUGAACCGCGAGAAUACGUCUAAUUCACAGUAUGUUCCGGACACCAGCUUAUGCUCUACUUUUGAACAAAGCCUAACAAUUAUAGAGGAUCCUCUUAAUAUAAAUUUGGUUACAGUCCCUCUCAAAGGCAAAGUCAAGAAAAGGCAUUAUUGCAAAUUUUGCGGUUCAUUGCAGACUCAGAUUGGAAGGCAUUUGCUUUUGAAACAUAAGGCUGAGAGAGAAGUAAAAACUGCGAGCAGGUUGCCGGCAAAGAGUGAUGACCGUAUGAAAAUUUUGGCAAAAUUGCGGAAAGAAGGUGAUUUUGUUCAUAAUACUAACAAAACUGCAAACACUGGCAUUUUAAUUUUACCAAGAAAUCCACAAAAGAAGUUUGCGAAAAGUGCCGCUGAUUUGACUUGUUGUUGCACUUGUAAGGGCUUCUAUUCCAAAAUGAGUUUUCGACAACACCGGUAUAACUGCCAUAAAGUCAAUAGGGCUAGAAAAAAUAAGUUAACUAUAGCAGCGGGUAAAGCACUAACUCAAUUUUACCAUCCAGCGGCCAGUCCAGUCCUAAGAACGAAGAUUUUGCCAGUUCUCAAUGACGACGUUGUAACCGAUUCCAUCAGGUUUGAUGAACUCAUAAUAAAAUAUGGUAGGAGGAUGGCCGAGAAGUACACGUCCCCCCACAAUUACGAAAUGAUUCGUGCUCAUUUGCGGUAUUUAGGCAGGUUUAAACUUCAGGCUAUGGCUUUAGAUCAUGAAAUUACCGAAUUAAAAGACGUCUUUAGGCCCCAAAAACAUGAUAUGUGCAUAGAGGCUAUAAAAAAAGUAGCCAGUUGGAAUGAGGAACGGCAAUGGUAUGAUCAUCCACAAGUGGCGAUAAUACUUUCGUCUUUAAUAAAAAAUGUGCAUAUACAUUGCAAGCGGAAUAUGUUAAAGAUCUAGCGGAAGAAGAUAAAAAGAAAACUGUCCGUGAUUUUAUCUUACUGUGGGAAGAAGAAGUACCUACGGUUAUAAAUAGAAAAGCCCUUGAAGACCAGAGCAACCAAAAGCGGAUAAAAAAAGUUGUCCUGCCAACAAAAGAAGAUAUUAAGAAAUUGUACUUUUAUCUUAAAAACUUAGUGGCCGAAUAUAUUUCGAAAUUGACAAGCUUUGAUAUGGACAGUUACAUCGAAUUGAAUAAAUGUACUUUAGUGCUCAUACAAAUCUUUAACAGAAGAAGGGCUGGAGAACUUGAGCGCAUCCAAAUUGCUAACUAUACCAACAAAGAAAUUAUAACAAACAGAAUGGAGAAGGAGCUGCUGAGCAAUUUAUCUAAUGAAGCAAUAUUUUUUGCAAGACAAUAUGCUAGGAUUAACCUAAGAGGCAAACUAGGCCGCACUGUACCUGUGCUUCUUUGUCCUUUAACAGUUAAAGCAAUUGAUAAAAUUUUAGAAUACCGCAAAAAAGCAGGGAUAACUAUUAAAAACCCUUUUAUAUUCGCAAACCCGGUAGCUUCCAAAACAUCCAACCAAUACUUUCGUGCAUGUACUUUGAUUAGACAGUUUUCCACUGAAUGCGGUGCAGAAAUUCCGGAAAGUCUGCGUGGAACUAAAUUGCGUAAACACAUAGCCACUUAUAUGUCAAUGAUUAAUGCAGAAGAGGCCUCUAUUGAUAAAUUAGCCAACUUUUUGGGACAUCAUAAAGAUAUCCACAAAAACGUUUACCGAGCAACAAUUCCAGAAGCUGAAGUAAAUUGCGUGUCCCAAAUUCUUAUGGCAGCAAUUGGUAUUAGUGAUAAUGGCGUUAACGACAAUGAAAGCGAUGAAGAUGCCGCAGACGACGAAUGUGAAGGAGGUAACGUUGGUGAUGAAGAUAGUAGAGGUAACGUUGGCAACCAAGGUAAUGGAGGUAACGAAGUGGAUCUUGGUAAUGGAGGCAAUGUCGGUGAUAGAGUUGACUUAGACGACCAGAGCAAUGGGUAUGACGCAGCAGUAAUUGGCGAUCAAAAUAUCAUCACCUCUACCGUGGAAGAUCAAAAUGGAGAUCCAGAUUACAUGCCAAAGAAGAAGAGAAGAAGUACUUCUCCCUAUGGAAAAACGAAACGUCGGAGAUGGACACCAAUGGAGAAAGAAGUGCUGGGCAACGAGCUGGGAGAUCUUGGAAGAAUAAAAAACUUCCUACCGUAUUAGAAUGCCUCAAAUUAAAAAAAAAAAAUACAAUAUUUUGGAGAGAAGAACCCCUCAGCAAAUAAAAUCUUUUAUUGAUAAUCAAAAAAAGCCUUAUAGGGACAAGGCCUAAUGAGUGAAUUUCGAAUAUUAAUUUAUUUCUUAAUUGGUUUUAUUUAAAAAACUAUUGCUUCAUUUACUAAAA